AUGGCCACCGAGUUACGUUCCAUUGCGACAUCACGUGGCCGGAAAUCGUCUGGAGUUGUGUCUUCGCCACCGCGACCAAACCGAAUUCCCCUAGUGCUGUCUCACUGGGACUCCUUUUACAAGACUUGUGUCAUAGAUGGACCAGUAAGCGUGCAGGAGUCGGAUGUCACAAUGAUGAACAAUGCAUCGGACAGGUCAGCUUAUCGUCAGGCGUCCACCACAGCCAACCACAUCGGGUCAUCCGGGGAGAGCAGCGCGGUCAGCCACAGCAAAGUCCGGGAUGAGGCCAAACAUGACAACAGUCCCACACAUACUACCAUUGAAUUUCAGAAUGCUACCUCAAAGAACGACAUUGACUCUAGGAGCAAGAACCUGACCAUCGACCAGGUGAAGGAGAGGGUGGCCUUUGCUGUGACAGAGUUGAAAAAUCUGGAGGAAUAUCACCAUGGAGAUGGGAUGAAGUAUCAGAAGGCAAUUGGUGAUCUAUAUUGGGACUACACCAAUGAGAGGACUGAGAUUGGGGACUACCUGGCUGAUCUUGGAUACGCUGAGAUCACAAUCAACAUGCUGAAACAGAUGAACAGCCUGGGGAUUUUCAAGAACGAUGAUAUUUGGUUCCCAACCUACUACACAUACAACACUUGCUGGAAUUACAGCGAUGCUAGUGAGAAACUGGCCAAGUGCCUGGCUGAAACUGGUGCUGUCAAACUCAUGACACUUAACCUGGGGCACAAACCUUACCUGGAGAACAUGCACAGCAAGAAUGUGUACUAUGUGCUGAAGGCCUCUCUCAGUACUUUACACAACAUUGCCAGAUGUACGGGUGUCAAACAUCACUUCAAAGAAAUCAAGACCACAGAAGUUAUAAUGCCUUUAAUCAAUUCAAAUGAUGAGUUCUUGAAAUCCAUUGCCAUGUUAACUCUUGCCUACAUAGUGGAGGAGGAGGAGAAUGCUAAACUUAUAGAUGAAACAAACACAAUUAAGAAUAUUGUACACUGGAUUCACAAAGCUUUGGAAAACAAGCAGAAGAGAAGGUUUCGUGGUUUUACUCCUGCAGAACUCACACAAGGACUUGCCAAGUUAGCAGUGAAUGACUCAAACAAAGCAAAGAUAGUUGAGGAAGGUGCCCUUGCAGAUUUUUGCCAGAUGCUGCUGCACACUGACCCCAAGGAGCAAGCGAACAGUGCAGAAUGUUUGUGGACACUUUCCUUUGACAAGAAUGUCAGGCAGAUGAUCAAUGACUUCCCAGAACUGCUAGCUGCCCUUGACAGCUUGAAGGACAGUGAGAACCCAGUUGUACAGAAGAAUGUUCGGGGUGCUCAGUGGUUGUUGCGGGGAGAACAUGAAGCUUCAGCAACUAGUACACGUUCACCCAGUGCACACUCGUCCAAAAAUCACAUCUUCAUCAGUUACUCAUGGACUGAGAAGGAGUUGGUGAAAAAGUUGUCUGCCAGUCUUACAGCUGAAGGGUACAAGCUCUGGGUGGACUGGGAACAGAUGGGAGGAGCCUCCUUACAAGCCACUGCAGAAGCAAUCGAGAAUGCAGCAGUAGUACUCAUUUGUAUGUCAGAGAAAUAUAAACAGUGCCCUAACUGUCGGACCGAGGCCGAAUACACAUUCCAUCUGAGAAAAGACUAUAUCCCACUCAUGGUGCAGCCACGGUACAGGCCUGACGGAUGGCUGGGUGCUAUCUUAGGAGCCAAACUUUUCUUUGAUUUCAGCGGCAAAUAUCCUUAUGAGAAACCAUUGCAGGGUUUGCUCAAGGAGCUGAGAGGCAGGGGGAAGUCAGCACAUCCUGCAGGACAGAAUCACAGCCCUGUUGUUGAUGACAUCCACGCAGCACACCCAGCAGCCAAUAAUGCAUCAGUCAUCGGCAGUUCCCCUUCAACCCCCUUCAGCAAUGGCAACAAUGCUUCAGCCGUGGUCUCCAUGAGCAACGAGAAUGUGGAGAGUUGGCUGGUCUCCAAAGGGUUGCAGCGGUUAACAACAGCUUUCUCUCAGAUUGAUGGACAGCUAAUCUGGCAGCUAAAACGAAUGAGGGAAAUGGCUCCGGAAUAUUUUCACAAUAGCCUAGAGAGACAGUUUGGGAUGACCCUGAUUGAUAUCUUGAGAUUUAACGCAGCAUUGGACAGUUUACAGUGA